AAAGGAAAUCUGUGGUUUACAAAUCUGAAUUUGCUUGCUUUUGUGCUAGUAAUAAACUGUAGUGAAAUUAAUUAAAAUAGAAAAUAUACGAUGUGUUUUCGUAAAAAAAGAAAUUAGUUCUGUAAAUCUUGAAGCAAUACCUAAACAACAUCAAAAUGAAUGUUUAUACGAUGCCGGGUGUAGCUGAUAUGGGUAUGGUAUGGAUGGGGGCUGGACAAGCAACGGGAGAGGUUCCAAUGGGGCUGAUGGGUGGAGAACAUCAAGAUAUAUUGAUGGACCAAGAAAACCCAUAUUUUACGCCUUCUCACCAUAGUAUGUCCAAUCAAUCCAUGGAAGAUAUGAGUCUUCCUCAUACAGCUCAUAUGGUUGAAGGCAUGGAUAAUUUGGACAUGAUGCAUUACAUCGAUAUAAAAAAUGAGAGCAAUGAUUCUAGUUAUGGAGAUGACGAUGGUUCUCAACCUGUUUAUAUCACAACGGCAACACAAACAAUGACAAGCUUCACUAGGAAAAUUAAGCCAGUCAAACAUCCAGGUCUUGUACUUAAGACUCCCAUCGCUUAUCAAAGCGACACAGAUCCGUCGGUUAUUCCAAUUCAAAAGGAUGGUAUAGCUGUUUGUGAAAAAUGUGGUGCCAUAGGUGUGAAGCAUGCGUUUUAUACCCGUGAGAGGCGAUUUUGUAGCAUGGCCUGCGCAAGGGGGUAUAACGGACUCAUCAGUGAACCAAUGCCUCAGCAACCCCAACAAGUCACACCAAAUAUACCAAACGAGACCGAACAGUUUGCAAAGUACAAAUUUUCUAUGAAACAAGAAGACUAUUUUUCAGAUUGCUAUCUCGACCAACCGUUACCUCAAAUAUUGAAAGCGCCAGACACCCCAGUGCUCGAAGAAACCUUCACCAUGGUGAGGAGAAAACCCCCCGGUCUGGCGAAUUCCUACGAUUGGGACUCGCAACUCAACGACCAGUACUUCAUCGCCGCCCCCGUUACGUGUUUCAAGCACGCGCCCAUGUUCGACAUGUGGCAAAAUAUCAUGGUGGGGAUGAAGGUGGAAGUGGAGAAUACCGAUUGUGAUAACGCCUCGGAUGCCUUCCCCGACUCCUUCUGGGUGGCCACGGUCAUAAGGAUCGUUGGUUAUAAGGCGCUCCUGAGGUACGAGGGAUUCGGUUCCAAUGAUUCCAAAGAUUUCUGGGUUUCCCUGUGCUCAAAUCAGGUGCAUCCUGUUGGAUGGUGCGCCACAAGGGGAAAACCUCUGAUACCUCCAAAAACCAUCGAAAAUAAGUAUAACGAUUGGAAAGAUUUCUUGAGGAAAAGGUUGACGGGGGCAAGGACGUUACCUUCAAAUUAUACGCAUAAAGUGACGGAAAGUAUGAAAUCUAGGUUUGUUCCGGGGACAUAUCUCGAAGUGGUAGAUAAGAAUCGUAUAUCUCAGGUGAAAGUAGCAAUAAUCCACAAAAUAGUUGGGAGAAGAUUGAAUGUACGUUAUUACGAUAUGGCUGCAGACGAUCCUGGAUUUUGGGCCCACGAAGACUCUCCUCUAUUACAUCCAGUAGGCUGGGCUAAAAAGGUGGGACAUCACCUCGUGGCCCCCCUGAACUACCUGGACCGGAUGAAUCAGGGCAUAUUCGAGGAUAACGACGCGACGGACGAACUGUUCACGCCCUUCCAGUCCGGUUCGACGGUGCACCCGUCUAUGGUCGGCUUCUGCAUCGGCAUGAAGCUGGAAGCCAUAGAUCCCCUCAACCUGUCCUCGAUCUGCGUAGCUACGGUGAUGAACGUGUUGCGAUGCGGCUACAUCAUGAUCCGCAUCGAUAGCUACGAAUCGGACGCGACCGGCGCCGACUGGUUCUGCUACCACAUCAAGUCGCCCUGCAUAUUCCCGGCCGGUUUCUGCGACGAGAAGGGCAUACCGCUGACGCCGCCCAAGGGCUACGAACCGGGCGCGUUCACCUGGAACCGUUACCUGGCCGAGACGGGAAACGUGCCCGCCACCCAUAACCUCUUCAACCACUACGUGCCGCUGCACGGGUUCGUGACGGGGAUGAAGAUAGAGGCGGCAGAUCUGAUGGAUCCGAGGCUGGUGUGCAUAGCCACGUUGGCGAAGGUCGUGGGGCGGUUGCUGAAGGUGCACUUCGACGGCUGGGAGGAGGAGUACGAUCAGUGGCUGGACUGCGAGAGUCCGGACAUCUAUCCGGUCGGUUGGUGUCAGAGCGUGGGGCACAAGUUGGAGGGACCGCCGGUUUCGUUGAAACCCGCGCAGAACGUCGCCAAGUCCACGAAAGGAAUUAAAAAAAAGAGUAAGAAGAAGAAAACCAAAGAUCAAUCGAGUUCACCAAAAAGUAUCGCGUCGUCCGUGAGGAGUGUAAAAACCGAAAGAAGUAACGAUCUGUCGAUCUCGGGGCUGAAGGAAGAACCGGAAUCCUCGAUAUGCGAGGAGAAUUUAGAGUCGGAAACGGCCAACGAGUCGAUAGGUCCGGAUCAAAGUUUACCGAUGGCGGCGGAAUCUUCACCGCCUCCCGAGAGAAAAGUCACGUCUUACGUUAAAAACUCGACGAGCUCCGGAAGUCCAACUACGAUUCCUAGACUGAUCGAUAAUUCGGGCGGAAAUUGCGACCCGAGCGGUUUGAAUCCCAGCGAAUGGAACGUUUUCGAAGUGGCUCAAUUUUUGAGGGUGAACGACUGUGCCAACUAUUGCGAUGCGUUCAGUAAACAGAAGAUCGAUGGCAAGAUGAUGCUCAACUUGAACAAGGAGGAAAUAAUAGAAAUAACGGGUGGCAAAGUGGGUCCCUCGUUGAAAAUAUAUGAUCUCAUUCAGCAACUGAAAAUCAAAGUAAACCCAUCACAGUCCCGCCAAAUCAAAGCAACUAUCAAAAAGUUUUUAUAGUGCCUAAUCUAUUCAUAUUCUAUUUAUAACUACCUAUACAUUGUAUAUAUGAUGAAGACCGGUUUAUCCAUCUUUAAUUUGAAGUUGUAUGUAUCGAAUAUCAUGAGAAUCCAACAGAUUGAUAUAGCUGUCAAACAGAAAUAUUGCACCAAUAUUUGGUAAUAAAGUAAUGAAAAUUGU